AUGCCAGUCACGGGAGCGACCUCGCCAGCCUUGCAGAACCCCUUUGACAAAAUAUCCGUCUCCGACCGAUCCACCAUCGCCGACGAGCAAUCUCAUGAAAAAGAGAAACCCCUCCGCGACCUUCCUGGUGAGAAGGAAAGAGCCUUGAGCGUCUCCGGGCCCGAAUUGGCCGGAUACAAUAUCGAUGGCGGUCGGUCCAAACGCGCCGACAGCACGGUCGAACUCACCGAGGAAGAUGCAUAUGAUAAAUUGGGCUUCUGCUUCCCUACAUGGAAGAAGUGUAUGAUUCUCUUUAUCAUCCUCCUCAUCCAGACGUCCAUGAACCUCAAUGCCAGCAUCUACGCCAACGGAGUUGACGCUAUGGUGGAGAAAUACACCAUAUCUAAACAAAAAGCCCGAGUUGGACAGAUGAUCUUCCUUGUCUGCUAUGCCUUCGGCUGUGAAUUAUGGGCGCCUUGGUCUGAAGAAUUAGGGCGCUGGCCUAUUUCUCCCUUGGCCCCGAAUUUUGGGUCGAUCGUGGUCGCCAGAGCUCUAGCGGGCCUCUCUACAGCCGGCGGUUCGGUCACCUUGGGAGUGAUUGCCGAUCUAUACCAACCGGAAGACUCAGGUUUUCAAUUCGCUGUCGCCUUUGUCGUCCUUUCAUCCGUGGGCGGAGCACCGGUCGGCGCGGUUGUGGGCGGCUUUGUCGGCCAAUUCCUGCCCCUCCCCUGGAUUUUCUGGAUGCAACUCUGCAUCGGUGGCGCCGUACAGAUUAUCCACUUCUUCCUCGUGCCGGAAACACGAGCUACGAUUCUUCUCGACCGCGAGGCCAAAAAGCGCCGUAAGAAUGGCGAAUCAAACAUCUACGGACCUGACGAGCUCAAAUCUCCGCGUAUCCCAAUAAGGGAGUUCCUCAGGAUCUGGGCUCGCCCGUUCCAGAUGUUUCUCACCGAGCCGAUCGUCCUAUUCUUGUCACUGCUCAGUGGCUUUAGCGAUGCACUGCUUUUCACCUUUUUGGAAGCAUUCACGCCGGUCUUUGAACAAUGGAAUUUCCAGCCAUAUCAGGUUGGGCUGGCCUUUCUCUCGCAAGUGAUCCCUUCCUUCCCAGUCAAAAGUGUCUGUGGAGUUUUGUCGGAAGCCCGAGUCUGA